AUGUCAGUGAUCUUAUCAGCCACGAUGUUAAUGUGUGGAUUUAUGAUGUGUAUGGUCUUUGAAGAAAAGUAUCAACAAUACGGUAUGCUUUACAUUGAGAUCCCUGGAGUAUUUGCUUUAGUGCCUGCAUUAGGAGCUUGGUUAGCAAAUAAUAGUGAGCCAUAUGCUCGAUGUGCUUCUUCAAUCGCUAUGGGAUUUAUGUUUGCAAAUGGGGGUUCAAUCUUGACUAUCUGGCUGGUCUACCUUUACAAAAGUCCUGCAUACCACGUCAUGACACCUAUCUAUAUCGGAAUAUCAAAGACUCGUUAUCGUGAUGAUAUCCUAUCUACCUAUCAAGCUUCAAAGUAUUCAGUAGAUGCCGGAAAAGGUCCAUCUCAAAUCUUGUUUUUGAUCGGUUGGGAAAGACUUGGAGACAAACAUCCAGAUUUCACUUACUCUUAUUGA